CUUGUUGGUGAUGCCCAAUUCCGAUAGUAGUGACGAUGAGGUAGAUUCCCGGCUGCUGCAGGCCGUAGAUUCGUCCUUUUUAAAUGAGGCCCUAUAUGAAAAGAAACCGAUAACCGAUCAGACAAAAGCUUGUAAUAACCCACAUGCUAACCGUGUUGUUGUCAACGAACCCAGCAAGAAAGAUGAACCAAAAUCAAAUCGCCACCUGGUUGAGGAGGAGUCCCCGUUCCAAAGCGACCUCACAGUGACGGAGUCGAUGCAGAAGCACGUGGCCGGAAAGAUGUCGAAACUUAUCGAAACGAUGGUCACUUUCGAUGAAACGAGAGCGAUAAAUGGUGCACCAGCGCUCGUUUCGAAUCCGGAUAGUGGUACGGUGCGUCUUUUGUCCGGUUUCGAUACGUACAUCGAUCUGCAUCCCGUGGAAGCUCCAUUGAAUCGAAAACCGGUACAAGUACGCCGGCGACGGGUGGACGACGGGGAAUCCGAACCUAACCGUCAACACAAACUUCAAUCUGCAGUGUGUGAGCUGGAGUCGGUUGCAAAAGAACUGCAGCACUGGAAGCCACCAAAGCGACGCUCGACGGUAUUCUAUUACAAGCACACAUCGAGAGGAUUGUGCGAAGAAAUCGCCCAUAAGCCCGAGACUGAGUUCAGCGUACGACGGGCACAGAACGGUUGGGACGAAAGCCAGAUUCGGUCGUACAAGAACAGAACAAAACAGAAAAAAGAGACUAAAAAAAUUACUCGGAAUUAA